UCUGACAUGUUUCACCUGCAACAAAACAGUCAGCCAUACACAGAGAGCUUGAGGAACAAACAAACUCCAGACCAGCCAUUCAGAGGUCUUCAUUUCAGCGUGACGAUGUGUGUGAUAUUUUUAAUGCAGAUUGCGGAAGUAACUUCUCUCUUCACACAACUUUAAGUUGCAUCUUGCACGGAGAAGCUUGUUGAAAUGCUAUCUAGAUGAAGUAAGAAGUUUGGAUACUUUUUAUUUUUAUAUUUCAUUUUUGAUUAAAGAGGAAGUUCAAGGGGAAAAUGGAGGCGCACGAAAGUGUCGACUUUAUGAGGCUCAUGUCAGAGGAAAGCACUGUGUCCACCCUGUCUUCAGACUCCUGUGAGUACUAUCAGACUGAGAUAUUUGACCUGCUGCCCAGCAUUCAAGCUUCCCGACCUGAGCAGAACAGACAUGACUUUUCGGAAGAAACCAACCAGGGUGGCCGAGAGGCCGGGGAAAAGAGUGGCCAGCUGUCCAGAGGACCCAGAGACAAAACAUCUAUGCAGCCACUCAGAAACUUGGCCAUGUGUAUUCAGGGAAAGAGGGGUGCCAAGGAAAGGAGGAAGUUGGAAGUCAAUGAUAUAAAUUUUUGGGAGUCCUGGAGGAAAAGCCAGAGCACCAACAGGAAGAGGGUGAGGGAACAGAUAAAAGAAGCUCUGUCUGGCCUGGUGCCCUGGCAGCACACCCUCCGGACCAUCGAAGGCAAGUUUGGAGUUGGGGUGAAGUCCUAUUUUGUUUUCCUCAGAUAUCUGAUUUACUUGAACCUGCUACACUGCGUGCUUAUCGGGGGUUUCAUUGUGGGUCCAUCGAUAUUUUAUCGCAGUGACAAGUAUGAACCAUUGACAUAUAACGAAAGGGACUCUGCUUUAAAUUUCUUCUUGGGAACUGGCUAUGUGAAUCGUUCCCUUGUCUUCUAUGGCUUUUAUACACGAGGAUCCCUGGAUUUAAAGUGUUUGAACACACCGUUGCUGUACCUUGCUGGAAUCUUCUCAGUCAUAUUUUUAAGUCUCAUUCUGGUGGUCCGCAGAACAACAGUCGGCUACAAGCACACCUGGAUGCUCGGGAAGCGUUACAGCAUGAACGUGAGCUAUAAGAUCUUCUGUGGCUGGGACUUCACCAUCCAGGAUCCCACUGCUGCGGCUCUCAAACACGGCUUCAUCAGAAAUGACCUCAAGCUUUUCCUGGAGGAGCAGAGUUUCUCUUUAAGGGCGGCUCAAAGGACACUUAGAGAGAAGGUCCGUCUCUACCUGCUCAGAAUCAUCCUGAACCUGAUUACUAUAUCUCUGCUUGGCGGAGCCUUUUACCUCAUCUACUUCGCCACACAAACAUCUCUGAAAAAGGGCAACUCUCAACCCCACUGGUUGGUCAGUCUUCUCUUCCAGUAUCUUCCUCCCAUCACCAUCACCUUUGUCAAUCUAGUCCUGCCCCACAUCUUCCGUAAGAUCUCGUCUUUUGAAGACUACUCCUUCACCAUGCAGGUGAAUGUCACGCUUCUGAGGAGCAUCUUCUUAAAGCUGGCCUCCUUGGGGAUCUAUUUAUUUUUUGUCUUCACAACAACAGAGCAAGAUGCCAAGUGCAAGGAGAACCAGUUUGGUAGAGAGAUGUACAAGCUGUCCAUCUUCAACUUCCUCGCCACUUUCUUCAGUGUCUUUUUCUUUAACUACCCCAGGAAGUUGGUACAAGAGACUUAUCCAAGAUCUUUGCUGGCCCGAAUAUCAGGGAAACAGCGCUUCCUGAUACCAUUCAAUGUGCUGGACCUUGUUUACAGUCAGACUGUGUCCUGGGUGGGAGUCUAUUACUGCCCUCUGCUGCCUGUCAUAGGAAUCGUUUCAUUGGUUGUCACAUUCUACGUUAAAAAGUUCAGUGUCAUGCGGUGUUGUGUGCCAGAGCAGCGGAUGUUUCGAGGGUCCAGCUCUUCAGUUUUGUUCCAUUUCAUGUUGCUGCUUGGUCUCUUCAUGUGUGCAGCGACACUGGGCUUCAACCACUAUCCUCUACAAAGCACCGAGGGCAGAAACGCGUCCUCCUGCGGUCCAUUUAGAAAUGAACAAACAAUGUUCAAUGUGACUGGAGACUGUGUGAAAAGUCUCCCCAGCCCAGCUCAGACCACUAUCCGCUAUCUGACUUCUGAGGCCUUCGCCCUACCACUAAUACUAGCAGAGAUCAUAUUCUUAACCUCUUAUGUGUCUCGGAGACGAGCCAAUCAGAGGGCCAUUGAGAGACUGAAAGACAUGCUAGUUAUGAGCAGCUCUGAUAAGCGUUUCCUGGUGAAGCAGCACGCCACGAUGCUGCGGCAGCGAAAUAAGCAACACUGAGCUCUUUCUGCGGUCAUCGAAGAAGACGUCACUCGCAGUCACUAAAAACAUCCCAUCUAUGCUUUUAAAAAGUGGCUUUGGUCUCGACAGACUUCCUCUUAAAACUAAAAUACGGUUCUGGCAGCUGACAGGUGGCCGAAAUGAAAAAUGAAAGUGCAGGCUAACUCUUGCUUUAUAAAAGAUAAGAGCCACAAAUAUAAUCUUUUCCCCCUUUUUUCUUUUUAUAUUGUAAAUACUUUAACUAUAAAAACCUUCCUCCUUUUAAUGGCAACAACUUUAUUUCUAUAGCACAUUUCAUUACAUAUAAACUCAAUGGGCUUAACACAUAAAAACACAAAAAUGUGUGUGGGUUUGUUGCCUCGAGGCAGGGAAGACAGCCAAACAAAACAACAGCACUUGUCUAUUAAUACAGAUGUUUCCUGAGUCCGGAUUACAGUGGUAGCACGCACGAAUGUUAGCUACAAUACUAGGCAUGUUAUGUUACUAACUUGUUGCUGUUUUAUCUGUUAAUCUGUUAAAGAUCUCAAGUUUAAUUCCAGGAGGAGACAAACCCAGCCUCAGGUGGUCACAAGGUAAUGCCGGUCCCAAACCUGGAUCAGUGGGAGGGUUGCCAAAUUAUUUACUUGGGUAAAUAAAGGGAGCAGCUGAAAGUACCUGAGUGACACAAGUUGGUUUAUUGAGUAUCACCGUGUUAGUACAGACGGGAGUAAAGCCCUUUAAAACAAGAAGCACUCUCAGAGCACAAACUUCCACCGAGGCGUCUCACUCUCUGGGCAGUAUUUACUUUUAUAGGAAUAGUAUUGUAUUUUGUAUAUUGUCCAUCCUGUUUUCUUUGUUCUUUUUAAACAUACUUCAAGAAGUUUGUAGUGCAGUAAAAACAAGUACAAAGUGUGGACUUUUGUUAUUUCCCCGUUAAUCUACUUUCCAUAAUUUUGUGUAUACUUAUUUUUUUAUUUAUGUAUAUGGUACAUGUGUCGUGCUCAUUUUGCAGUUAUUAAAAUUCACUUACAUUUUUGGCAAAAAUAUCAAGUGAAAAAAGCUUUUGAGGACAAGUUUGUUUUCCAAAAAAAUAUUCCUAUUGGGGAACACUGUACACGUCAAAGUGUUAUGUAUUUAAACUGUUAAAACCUGUUACUGUACAUAAUAACAUCAUAAUAAAAUAAAUAAACUAUAUUCACAGAA